AUGAUAUGUUUACCUGAUGAAAAUAAUGAGGUAUCACCGGAUGAAACAAAUAAUAAUAACGGCCUAAAUAAUCAAAUGGUGUGUUUACCUGAAGUUGACACGGUGCCUCUGGUCGCUGAAAAUGGUGCAUGUCUCAAUAAUAACAAUGAUUGUUCUUCGAUUUUAUCAUGCAAUUACAACCAUGAUGAUAACAUGACUGAUGGAAAAAUGGUGUGUUCACCCAAAAAUAUUAUUGAUGUGGUGCCAAUAAUUACAGAAGAUGGCGUGUAUCUCAACCAAGGCGAAGAAGAGACAAUAUUUGAUUGUUCGUUUCAGCAAAAUGAAUAUCAUGAACUGCUUCCACUAAAUGUUCAGUUGCCUGAGCAGCCUGUUAUAUUGCCACAAUCUUCCUGUAUGCAAUGUUCUUGUAAUGGUAGAAAGGAAUAUUCGGAAAAUGAAUUCAUAAUUGCGGAAUAUUCCGACAUUGCAAAAAACGCUGCUGACGAUGAUCUUCAUGCCUCUUCAAACUCCUCAGAAGAUGAAUAUAAACCAAAUUCUGACGAUGAAUCCUUUUUAGAUGAGGAAGAUGAGACACUCAUUGAGUCAUCGAUAUAUCAUGAUGCUAGUACUGUCAGAGCUACAGGAACUCCUAACGAAGGUAUUUUUCCUAUUGGAGAACGACCGGUUGUUCUAGAAGAUGAAAACCAUAAGGAAAAUGAGACAGAAAAUUUUGCAAUUCAAAAUCAUGAAGUUCAAAAUAAUGAAGUUCAAUACACAAAAUCUGGAGAAAUACGCAAGAGAAGAAAAAUUCAAGUGAAGCCCUCUGAGAGAAAACAACAGAGACACGAAUCUAAUAGAAAUAAACAUCCUGUUCUCCCACCAUGCAGAAAUAUUUGCAAGAAUAAAUGAUGCAGAGAUGUCAUAAAUGAGACACCAGACAUUCUCUGCAUCACAUCAAAUUUGAACUUGUCUCAAUCAAUAUCAACAGUCGAUUCGACAUCUAAAUGGAGAAUGAAAAAAUUCAGUCGGCAAGAGAGACAAAAAAGAAAGAGAGAUAAUGCUUCGGUCAGUAAGGGUCAAUCCAUACUGACCACAUUUUAUUUGGUGAUUCCAAGAAUGAAUGAAUUCAUGGAAGAACUUCCAGAUGAAGUGAAUAAAGAUUUCUCGAAUAACAUUGGGAAUUAUUGUACAACAAACUCUAAAGCUCUCGAAUUAUUGCUGAAAGCCGCCGAAAAAAAUGCUCAAAAAAAAACCGGUAAGAGAUUCGAUGCAGAAAUAAAACUAUUUUCCACCUAUUUAUACCUUACUGGUGGCUGUCUCCUGUAUGAAACUUUGUACAACAACUUCAAAGCUUCAUUACCAUCGCUCUCCACAAUCAGACAAAAUCUUCAAAAUGACUACAACUUAUGUGAAGGAAAAUUGCGGUUUAUUGAGUUGAAAGAAUACCUUCUGAAACACAAUUAUCCAUUGGAUGUAUGGAUCAGCGAGGAUGCUACUGCCAUUACAGCACAAGAAAAAAAUCUUUCGCAUAAUUUGAAUGAGACACCAGGAAGGAAAAAUAAUCUCGGUAAUGAUACAAUGAUGGAUGAUAUGGAAGAUGAUCAGAAUAUUUUGAAUGAUAUGGAAGAUGAUCAGAAUAUGUUAAACAUGGAUUCUGACACCAAUAGAGAAACAAAUACGUUUUCAGAAAUUACUGUUAAGAAAGGCACUCUCUGUUGGCUCUUGGACAACAAAAACCCUCGACUGAGUACUGACAGACUAGAGCGAGUCAGGGGUCCUAAAUGUGCGAGCGAAGUUUUGUCUCGAGUUUUACCAAAAAAAGCCCCAGCUACCAAAGAAAGAAAGAGGCGAUCAUCAGGAACAAGUACUGGAAGUGUAUCACUGUCAUCACCCUCCUAUGCAGAUAGUGACGAGAGUGAAACAUUUUCCGACUUGGAAAACGAUAAAUCCGCGGGUCCGGAAGAAACAGGAGACGUGUUUUUUUUUCCCGAGAAAUAUUAUUCCGUUGCAUACAAAGAGAAUUGGUAUAUUGGAAGAAUUUUAGAAAUUACCAACAAUGGGUUGGUAAUUAAAUUUCUCAAAUACGACUUAGACAAAUAUAUUUGGCCACAGUCAGAAGACAUUCAAACUGUAGAGGAACGAAAGGACCAGUGCCCAACUUGCACUGCAUACCAAUCUGCUAAUCCUGAAACAAAAGUCACACUUGAAGAGAAGUAUAACCUUCACAUUGAUUUGAAGAACAGGGCUAGGAAGGAGAAAAAUUCAGACAAGACUGCCGCGAGAUCUGAUAAUGAGAGAGUACAUUCAUGUAAUUUUGAUCUACAACAGGUAUUGUAUGUUCCAACAGACGCUACAAAUCCCACUCUUUUCUAUAAAACAAAGUUAGCUAUGUAUAAUUUCACCAUCUUCAACUGUGGUGAUAAUACAGGAAAAUGCUACAUGUGGACUGAGGUAGAAGGUGCUCGUGGACCUUGUGAAAUUGCAUCAUGUUUAUUCCAUCAUUUGAAGAGCCUGUCUGCAACUACUAAAGAUGUCAGAUUAUUCAGUGAUACAUGUGGAGGUCAGAAUAAAAACCAAUAUGUGGCUGCUAUGUUCAUUUAUGCAGUACAGGUUUUAUCAAUAGAAGUCAUAGAUCAAAAGUUCCUCAUUUCAGGACAUAGUCAGAUGGAAUGCGAUUCAAUGCAUGCUCGUAUUGAAAUCGCUUCUAAAAAUAGACCAGUAUAUCUGCCACAUGAAUGGAUGACCAUUGCUAAGAAUGCGAAGCAAAAUGAACCCAAAUAUCAAGUUUUUGAUAAGAAUCAAAUUGGUUUCCUUGACUGGAAAGCUCUAGCAAAAAUGAUCAUGGUAAAUCGCAACAAGGAUGAAAAUGGAGACACAUUAAACUGGCAUCAUAUUAAAUGGAUAAGGUACGAAAAGCAGAGUCCUUUGGUCAUGAAGGUGAAAACUGUAUUCCAUGAAGAUUUCCGUUCGAUCUCUGUUGUCCCACGUAGAGGUCGCCGAGUCACUAUUAAUGCCAUGGAGAAAUGUUUAAAACCUCUACAGGAACAGAAAAGGAAAAUUUCAGCAAUGAAGCUAAAGCACUUAGAAGAAAUUUGUAAAUCUGGUGGGGUACCAGAUGACUGCAAACAAUUUUUCAGCAGUCUGAUUGCUGAUGAGGAUGUACAAGACCAAACUCUUAUUCCAGAUGUCAAUGAUGAUGAAGAUCAUGAAUUUUUUUCUCAAUAAUCUACGAAUGUUUGGAUUAAAUUUAAUGUCUAUCUUAUAUUAUGAAUAAAAAUGUUUGUGUCAAAUAUGGCUAUCUGACUUUUUUUUUCAAAAUUCGUGUGACAUAAUGUCUCAAAAUGUUAUUAAUGACGUCAAUGUACGAAGAUAUACUGAAAUAUACCCUAACAUAUUAUUCAUGGAAUAGUUCAAACUCAUAUUUUGAAAUUCGAUUUGAUGGAGCCGUCCGAAGUUUGAAAAUCGUUUCCUGAGAAUUCACGAUUUAGUAGAUAGCCACCUAUGGAAUAUAACCAUCGAAAUGUUGUUCAACUCUUGAAAAGUAAAUCUCCAUAUGUAGAAGUCUUAGUAAAUGAAGACAACAUUUUGGAAGGAAUAUAUUUUCAAGAUGAAAUAAUGAAAAAUAACUUCAAAGCAUAUCCUGAACUUCAUGCUAUGUGAAAGUAAUAGAUUUCUAGAACAUAACGAAGAUAUUGAUUUGUUCAACACCACCAUAAAAAAAAUCAAGUCGAUUUACUCACAGUAGUCAUCCUUACUCAUGUAUAAAUAUAGAAAUUUUAAUAUGUCAAUUUUAAUAUGUUAUGAAGUUUGUGUAUGUUGUGAUCAUGAUGUAUGAUCUUAUGUGCAUUCAUGUACUUAUUUUAGCUUUAGCUUAGUGUAGGUCUAGGAUAGUGUUGUCUCUGUUUUUUUUUUACCUUGCAUGUAAUUACCCCUUUGGGGUGUUUGUAAGAAGUACAUAAAAUAAAAAAUAAAAAAUAAAAUAAAAUAAUUCUGAUGGAUGCAACUUAUGAAUUGAAUAAUUUGAAAAUGCCACCAUAUAUCAUUCUCACUAUAAAUGGAAAUGGACAGGGUCAAGUUGCCUGCACAUUUUUAUUAGCAAAUGAAAAUUAAGAUACCAUUGGACAUAUGGUGAAAAUAUUCAAAAAAUUCAAUGAUGAGUGGCAAAACGUCAAUACUAUUAAGACUGACAAAGAUUUUAAAGAAAGGAAAGUGUUGGCAGACAAUUUUCCAAAUGCUCACAUAACUUUGUCUUUGUUUCAUACUUUGAAGUGAACGAACAUAACAUGUGAUAAAAUGAAAAUAAAUUCUAGUCAAAGAACACUUUGCCUCAAAUUGUUACAAAAAAUCACAUGAUACAGAGUAUGAAAAUAAUCGGGAAGCAUUACUUAGUACAGGUUGUAGUAAAGUGAUUGAUUAUUAAAACAAAAAUUGGCACCCCAUUAAAAAUGAAUGGGUUGAGGGAAUGAAACAUAAAAAUCUCACAUUUGGUAUUAGUACAACUAACCAUCUAGAAUCACUUAAUCAAAAAAUUAAGCAAGUCUGAAGUUAUAUCAAAUAAUAUGACUAAUUUUCUAAUAGAACCAGAAGUGAACUUAACAAUAAUUGAAUAACAUUUUUCCAAAACAACUUUCAGUAAAUUAAAGGAGAUAAUCAAAUAUCUGAAGGAGAAACAAGAUAUCCAAUAUUCUUGUGCAAUUUGUGAAAAUAAUUCAACUGCAUUAUCUGUAAAAUGUGAUGGUUGUUUAUUAUGGGUUGAUUUUUCUUGUUCAGGUUUAACUAAAAAACCAAGAAAAAAUCAAAAUUGGUUUUGUGUUAACUGUACCCAUCAGUGAUUUAUUGAUAUGAAUAUAAUUAUACUUUUUUUUAGUUAGGUAGGUAAAACAUAUUCUAAUCAACCUUGUGUAGGUAUUAUUAGUGAUAUGAGAAUACAUUACCAAAGAAGUCUCUGUUUAGUUUAUGAAUAUUUUGUUUUGUUUUGAAAAUAUAUUUU